AUGCACAAAUUAGAGAGGGAUGGCUUAACCGAACGCUACGAUCAAGUUUUCUGCGAGUGGGAAUCCCAAGGUAUAAUCGAGCGAGUUGAAAGAGAAAAUUAUGGUCACUUUUUGCCGCAUCGACCAAUAUUGAAAGAGGGCUCUACCACCGCGAUAAGACCCGUAUUCGAUGCUUCAGCACAAGAAAAAAACAGUCCUUCUCUAAAUCAGUGCCUGGAGAAAGGGCCUAAUUUGAUUGAAUUGAUACCUUCUUUAUUACUCAGAUUUCGUGAAUUUAAAAUCGGUGUCAUUUCAGACAUAAAAAAGGCAUUCUUGCAAAUUAGUGUGCAUGAGAAGGAUCGAGACUUUUUAAGGUUUCUUUGGAUUGAUAAGGAGGAUCAAGAGUUUGUUUAUAGGCACAGACGUGUUGUGUUUGGUGUCAACUGUAGCCCGUUCUUACUUGGAAUGACAAUCGAACACCAUUUGAAAAAAUGCAUGGAUAAUUGUGGAAGCAUGGACGCUGAAUAUUCUCGGGAAACCAUUGAAAGAUUAUCCAAUAGUUUUUAUGUUGACAACUGUGUUACGAGUUUACCAGAUAAGCAUAAAUUGAAUGACUUUAUAAAAGGAUCUAUAUCUGCAAUGGCGGAAGGUCAGUUCGAUUUGAGAGGCUGGGAAUUUUCUGGAAAUUCGGACUGUGAAGAUUUCAGUGUUCCUGUUCUCGGAAUGAAAUGGUUCACUAAACGAGAUGUGUUGACAAUCAAUGACAAUCUUUUUAAAUCUGCUUCAGAUGAUUCAGCUGUCACAAAAAGAUUGAUUUUAUCCAUGGCACAGAAGGUAUUUGAUCCUAUAGGAGUCACGGCCCCAACUACAUUGGUACCAAAAUUAUUGCUGCAGAAGUUGUGGGAAAAGCAAAUACCUUGGGAUACGCCGGUUGACGAGGAAGUCGCAAUUGCUUUUCGAAAUUGGCUCACAGGAUUACCACAUCUUCUCGAAGUAGAAAUUCCUCGUUGGAUUUCUACCGGUUCUAAAGAUGUACAAAACUUGAGCAUCCACGUCUUCUGCGAUGCCAGCCAAAAAGCAUAUGCUACAGUGGUAUAUUGCAGAGUCGAAAUGGAUAAAAAUGUAUCCAUACAUUUAUUGGCUGCAAAAUCUAGGGUUGCGCCAUUGAGAAAAUUAACAAUUCCGCGUUUGGAGCUUAUGGGAGCAACAAUAGCUGCUAGACUUUAUAAGCAAGUUGCGGAUAACCUUACAAGCAACUUUGAUUGUUUUUUCUGGUGCGAUUCAUCAACUGUUAUAACAUGGAUUCAGAGCCAGGAGGAAUGGGGAACAUUUGUGUGGAACAGGGUUAAUGAAAUCAGACGAUUGACUCCAGCAGAACAGUGGUGUCAUGUACCCGGAGCAUAUAACCCUGCAGAUCUUCCAUCACGAGGUUGUUCUCCCAAGCAACUUUUGGAAUCGAAAUGGUGGGAGGGUCCUAGUUGGUUGUAUCAAGAUAGAGCAGAUUGGCCAUCCGAAAGACCGAUUGUUAAUGAGGAAGAGAUCGCCGGAGAACGAAGAAAGAAGCUAGUUACAGUACUUGUAAAUACAGAACAUUCCGAUUUUUGGCAUCUAUCUUAUUUCAGUAGUUUUACCAAAACCGUCAGGUUGAUAGGUUGGGUAUUCAGAUAUUUAAACAACGUUAGGUAUCCCGCCAAAAUACAAAGAGGAGACUUGACAGUUAACGAAUUAGAUGCUGCUGAAAAUUUUAUUUUUAAACUAGUCCAAACAGAAAGCUUUACCAAUAUCAAUGAUAAGAGAAUUAGCGGUCUUUGUCCUUUUUAUGAUAAAACAGGAAUAAUACGUCUGAAAUCAAGAGUACUCAAUCGAGAAGAUACAAAUAAUUACAGAUUUCCCAUCAUUUUGUCAGCAAGGCACCCUGUGGUUAACAAUUUGAUACUGGAAUCGCACAAAAGAUCAUGCCACGUCGGAACACAAGGUUUGCUUUCCCUGUUGCGUGAAAGAUUUUGGUUAUUAGGAGGCAGACGCAUUAUUAGAUCACUCUUGAAGAAGUGUGUUAUUUGCAGGAGAUUUACAUCGAAACCGUUUACGGUAGAUCCGCCCCCACUGCCCGUCACAGAGUGCGAGAUGCUGUGGCGUUUGAAAUAG